AUGGACAGGGACGCUUACAGAAAUAAGAUAACGGAGUUAUUGGGAGACUCGGACACGUAUGUCCCGAUUAAAAGAGAUCCGACUAAAAAACUUACGACAGCUUUAAGGUCUAUGCUCACCAGAUGGAAGACCAGAGGUCACAUCAAAGAUUCUGAGUACAGAGCGUUGUACUGUAGUGACUGUUCUCUUCCGAGGGCUUAUGGGCUGCCAAAGAUUCAUAAGCUUGGUUUCCCUCUCAGAAUUAUCGUGUCAUCGGUGGGCAGUCCGUUGUAUUCUUUGACUACGUUUUUACACAAUAAAUUAUUCAAAACCAUCCCGAGAGCGGACAGUCACGUAAAAAAACAGUUUUGGACUAGUCGAGAGGUUGAGGAGCAGAGCUUUGGCACCCCCAUGGGCUCUCCAAUAUCACCGGUAAUAGCGGAAUUAGUGAUAAGGAGAUUGGAGACGGUGUCCUUGAUGUCUUUGAAUUUGGACAUCUUAUUUUAUUAUAGAUACGUUGAUGACAUAUGCACUGCGUUGCCUUCCUCACAAAUCGACGGAUUAUUAGAGCGAUUCAAUUCAUUCCAUCCGCGCCUGCAGUUUACCGUUAAAAGAGGCGGUAAUACGAUUAAUUUCCUGGACGUCACCGUGUCUAUUAACAAAAAUCGCUGCAAUUUCGAUUGGUACCGUAAGCCAACGUUUUUAGGUAGGUUUUUGAACUUUCAUUCCAAUCAUCCAUUGAUGCAGAAAAAAGGCAUCAUCUUUUCGUUAGUCGACAGAGCCUUUUUAUUAUCCGACUAUGACAGAGCCUUUUUAUUAUCCGACGGUAUGUUUCACACUAAAAACUUGACCUCUAUCAUUAAUAUUUUACUACAGAAUGACUAUCCACUGGACUUCAUUUUCGACUCCAUUAAUCAAAGGAUUAAAAAUUUGAUUAAAAAGAGACACAGAGUACACAAUGUUGUGACUGACAGCGACUUAACUAAUGAAUCUACCUCUUGGCUUACGGUUCCUUUCAUUCCGCUUCAUACAGAGAAAUUCAGAACAUUAAAUAAAAACAAAAGUGAUAUCAGGGUAGCCUUCCACAGCCCUAACAAAAUGGACAAAUACAUAAGAGUCCAGAAGGACACUUGUCCCCGCACAUCUAAAAGCAAUGUCGUUUAUAAAAUUUUGUGCAAUAAUUGUGACGCGUCUUAUGUUGAACAGACGGGCAGGCAAUUGAAAACCAGAAUUGCCGAACAUCGCAACCAUGUCAGGCAUAAAGCUUCUGCUCACUCUGUCAUCACCGAGCAUAGACUACGUCAUAAUCACGAUUUCCAAUGGGACAAUGUUCUAAUCUUAGAUGAAGAGCCUUCGUAUAGAAAGCGUUUGAUCUCAGAAUUGCUUCACAUUAAGAGACAGAAAAACAGUCUUAAUCUACAAACCGAAGGUCUUUAUAAAGCGUAUUUUCCGAUUAUAAACAAAGUCUGA